CUUACGUUGGCCAGCACUCAGUAUUCAACGAACCAUCGCCCAACCAUGAUGAACCCGAUCUGCAGGCAGUUACUGAUCCUGAUUUGCUUGUCCGUGGGCAGCUAUGCCGCAGCACUAGAUGAGCCGGUGGGGGCAGUCGAUUUCUACCAGCUAUACGAUAACCCAGAGGCACACAUCGGCCUCAAGGAUCGAUUGACGACUGCCGAUCGUAUUGCCGCUCACGGUUAUCCAGCCGAACAUCACAAUGUCGUCACCGAUGACGGCUAUAUCCUGGGGAUCUUUCGCAUACCCUACUCCCACAAGCUUCAGAACCAGAACGAGAAGCGUCCCAUUGUCCUGCUGCAGCACGGCUUGACUAGCUGCUCGGAUGCCUGGAUCCUGUGUGGACCUAAUGAUGGCCUACCCUAUCUGCUGGCCGAUGCUGGCUACGACGUUUGGAUGGGCAAUGGCCGCGGCACCACCUACUCCAAGAACCACACGAAGCUCUCCACAAAGCAUCCCUACUUCUGGCAGUUCACAUGGCACGAGAUUGGAAUCUACGAUAUUGCGGCCAUGAUCGAUUAUGCGCUGUCCACCGAUAAUGGCAGGGGACAGGAGGCCAUCCACUAUGUGGGUCACUCCCAGGGAACGACGGUGUUCUUUGCCCUGAUGUCCUCCCGGCCGGAGUACAAUGGGAAAAUCAAGACAGCUCACAUGUUUGCCCCGGUGGCGAUCAUGACGCAUCUGACAAACAAAUUGGUGCGGGCUCUGGGUCCCUAUUUGGGCCAUCAGAAUAUAUAUGCAAAGCUGUUUGGUUCCCAGGAGUUCCUGCCCCACAACGACUUCCUCAUGGCUCUGCUUUUCAACCUGUGUGAGCCUGACUUCCUGCUGCGUCCGCUGUGCGUAAAUGCCAUAGAGUCGAUCUACACCGCUGGUCGUGUCAAUAUGACCGCCAUGCCAGAUGGUUUGGCUACUCAUCCGGCGGGCUGUUCGACCGAUCAAAUGCUUCACUACCUCCAGGAGCAGCAGUCUGGCUAUUUCCGUCAAUUCGAUUAUGGCCCCAAGAAGAAUUUAAAGAUCUAUGGUUCGGAGGAGCCACCGCAGUACCCCGUGGAGCUGAUCACCUCAGAUGUUCACUUGUGGUAUUCCGACAACGAUGCUUUGGUCGCCGUGGAAGAUGUCGAGGCACUGAGCGAGCGUCUGCCCAAUAAGUUUAUGCACCGCAUGCUGGAUCCGAUGUGGGAUCACGGCGACUUUGCCUUAAACAACGAAGUUCGUGUGUAUAUUAACGAGCCCGUGAUUUCCAUAAUGCAGCAAUACGAGAAGGAGAAGGAGAACAGUGCUACUUGAUUGAGUUAUUGUGUUAUCUGUAAGAUUUUACUUUAAGUUAUUUGAUAAGCUCGCCAAUCUUAAGCAAAUGUUUGUACAGCAAUUGAACCUCUCAUCGAAAAUUAAUCUAAACAGGCAAAAUAGACGACAGCAACCUGUCGAGAAAUGGAAAAAAGAAAUGUUAAGAUAAUACAUUUUCUAGCCAAUUUAAUAGACGCAAUAUUGAAGAGUCCUCUGAUUUAUAAAGUGUUUCGCUCUCUUAUCAAUUGUGUAUGGCUAGUGGCUAGCCACUUUGGCUUAAAUUUUGCUGAUUUCCAUGUUGCUGUAUCCCAUCUGCAUUUCUGCCUCAAGGAGCCUUGCCAAAUAUUUA